AAUAGGAAAAUUCAAUAAUCAAAGCGAAGGGGAGCGCGAGGAGGGAAAAAUCCGGGAUCAGGGCAAGUUUGAUGGCGCAUGCGCGCUGCAGCCUCCAUCCCAAACACACACACAUUUCCCUUGACUUGGAAAGUCACCCAAAGCGGCCCCAAGUGCAGGGCAAACAGACUUCACCAAGUGAAGGGACGCCAUCAAAUUCACACUGUCUUCACCUGAGACCACCUGCAAAUCAAAGAACCUGACUGCUCUCCUGGCUUUGUACACUGGAAUGGACCUUGAAGCCUGUGACUUCUCAAUGCAAGGAUGAAGUGAUUUUAGAGCUAAAAUCGAGGCAAGAAACCAGGCCUUGAAAUCUCCGAAAGGUAGGAGAGACUUCAGACUGCAAUGGGCAGUGACUGGCAUUGCUGUAGAGCAUCCUGAACGCCGUGUUGGAGAAGGAAGUGCCCAGGACAGUCCUUUCUGCAUUGUGAGAAUGUUUGAGAGCCCCAUGCAAAGCUGUGCUCUGUUCUGACUCCAAGUCUCCUCAGACAUGGCCGAGGAAAAUGCACCUGAAAGAACUAUAUGCACUGACGCAACCUCAGGAAAACCCACAAUGGCUGCCAAGCGCAAAGGCGGCCUGAAGCUAAAUGCAAUCUGUGCCAAGCUGAGCCGCCAGGUCGUCUUCGACCACGGGGGAGCCGAACAGGGACGAGCGGACAAGGGGCCGCAGCGGGAGAGCAGCAACAAGGACCUGCCUCAGCCUGGGACCAAGGAGCUGGGGACGGAGUUUUCAGAUGGACUCAGCCGUGUGCAGAAGAUUGAGGAGGACAAAAGGAGGGAGGUGAUUGAGAAGUGGGUGAACGGGGAAUACAACGAGGAGCCCUUGCUGGGGCGAGUGGAGGGCAAGGAAUGUAAGGGCGCCGAGAGCGCGGAGGUGCCCCCCGAAGGGGUUUACAUGGUGCAGCCCAAGGGCUGCAGUGACGAGGAAGAUAACGGGGAUGAGGCGGAUGCUCUGAGGGGCUCGCAGGAUGGCAACUUCUUGGAUGACAGGGAUUCAGACGGGCCAGCCUCAAAGGACGAUGCCUACCGGUCCUCCAGCAGCGAGACAGGCUCCAAGCUGGGAGGAGGAACCACCUCAGGGGAAGCUUCAUCGCUGCGAGAUUACGCCGCCACCACCAUGAAUGAGUUCCUGGGCAUGUUUGGCUACGAUGAUCAGAACAUGCGGGAUGAGCUGGCUCGCAAGAUCAGCUUUGACAAGCUGAACGCUGCUACCUCAGAGGCCACCGCGGGUGCUGCCUCUCUCCCCGGCGAGGAUGCCAUGAGCAAACGAGCCCGCUUCUCCAAGUAUGAGGAGUACAUCCGCAAACUGAAAGCUGGAGAGCAGCUCUCUUGGCCCAUGCACUUGGCCAAAUCUGAGGAGCUGGGCUCCAAGCUGGGCAAAGAAACUUCCUCGGUGCUGGCACAGCCCAUUCGGGUGCCAGGUCCAGAUGCCUCCAUGCUGACGGAGACCAAAGCCACCAUCCUGCCGCUGCCCUCUCCCAGUAGUUCCCAGAUGCAGGGCCUGAUGUCCCGGGCCUCCAAAUAUGACUUCUUCAUUCAGAAGCUGAAGACGGGUGAGAGCAUCAGGCCACAGAAUGGCAACACUUACAAGAAGGCCUCCAAGUAUGACCUAGAAAACGUCAAGUACUUGCACCUUUUCAAGCCUGGAGAAGGAAGCCCAGAUAUGGGAGGAGCCAUCGCCUUCAAGACGGGCAAAGUAGGCCGGCCUUCCAAGUAUGACGUGAGGAACAUUCAGAAGCUCACUCCAGUGAAAGCUCCAGUGCCCAGCCUGGCCCCGGCUCCCCUCGCCAGUACCCCCAGCAGCACUCCAGUGGCCGGGCCGGAGCAGUCCGUCUCAUUGCCAUUCAACACUCCUGAGUACCUGAAAUCAACUUUCUCGAAGACAGACUCCAUCACAACUGGAACAGUCUCCACAGUAAAGAACGGGUUACCCUCCGACAAACCAGCCGUCAGCGAAGACGUCAAUAUUUACCAGAAGUAUAUUGCCAGGUUCUCUGGCAGCCAGCACUGUGGACACAUACACUGUGCGUACCAGUACCGAGAACAUUACCACUGCCUGGACCCCGAGUGCAACUACCAGAGAUUCACUAGUAAACAGGAUGUGAUUCGGCAUUACAACAUGCACAAGAAACGUGAUAAUUCCCUCCAGCAUGGCUUCAUGCGCUUCAGCCCUUUGGAUGACUGUAGCGUGUACUAUCACGGCUGCCACCUGAACGGGAAAAGCACACACUACCACUGCAUGCAGGUGGGUUGUAACAAGGUCUACACGAGCACCUCAGACGUGAUGACCCAUGAAAACUUUCACAAGAAGAACACACAGCUCAUCAAUGACGGGUUUCAGCGGUUCCGUGCCACGGAGGACUGUGGCACUGUGGAAUGCCAGUUCUACGGGCAGAAAACCACUCACUUUCACUGCAGGCGACCUGGCUGUACGUUCACCUUCAAGAACAAGUGUGACAUUGAGAAGCACAAGAGCUACCACAUCAAAGAUGAUGCCUAUGCCAAGGAUGGCUUCAAGAAGUUCUACAAGUAUGAGGAAUGCAAGUAUGAGGGCUGCGUCUACAGCAAGGCCACCAACCACUUCCACUGCAUAAGGGCAGGCUGUGGCUUCACCUUCACCUCCACCAGCCAGAUGACCUCCCAUAAACGCAAACACGAGCGCCGGCACAUCCGGAGCUCAGGAGUGCUGGGCCUGCCUGCCUCUCUUCUGGGGUCCAAGGAUAAUGAGCAAGAGGAGUCCAGUAACGAUGACCUUAUUGACUUCUCUGCUAUGAGCUCGAAGAACUCCAGCCUGAGUGCCUCUCCCACCAGUCAACAGUCUUCCGUUUCUCUCAUAGUCCCAGCUGCACCCUCCUCUGCUGCUGAGCUUGCUUCCUCACAGGCCAGCAAGUCUGCCAACAGCAUGACACCAGCCACCAAGAUCUCUGGCCUGCUCUCCCAGGCUCUUCCCAGCAAUAUACCGUUGGCCCUGGCACUCUCCAACUCGGCAGCACUUCCUGGAACAGCUGGAUCCUUCUUCCCCAUCAUCCCCAGUCGGGUCUCUACACCACUUCCUGCCAGCUCAGCUAAUCUGAUGACUGCUGGUUCUUCUGGCACCAAUCCAACAUCAUCUGCUCCUACAGAUUCCUCAUCCCAGGCCAUUUCAGGAUCUGGUGAGCCAGGGGCUACUUCUUCUCCAGCUCCAGCGGCAUCUAUAAUGGAAAGGAUCUCUGCUAGCAAGGGAUUAAUCUCUCCUAUGAUGGCCAGACUGGCAGCAGCUGCACUCAAGCCCUCUGUGGCACUUGAAGCAGGGAACGGACAACCAGCAGCUCCCGGACGGUUCAAUCCAGUUCAGGUGAAGCAGGAACCUGCGGAGGCCAUGGGAUCGUCAUCUGCCGCCAGUCAGGACUCCUUGCAGGAGCACAGCUUGGACCUGAGCGUCAAGGAUCACGGUAAUGAAUCAAAUGGCCACACAGUCUCGGCAAAUUCAUCUCUUUUAUCCUCGCUUAUGAAUAAGAUGUCCAAGACCAGUGCCAGCCUUGGCAACCUGCUGAACAUUAAGACGGAAGGAGAAGGCAGCCAAGCUGGAGCUGGAGAGCAAACACAGUACUUGGGCAAGGCAGUGAAGGCACUUGUCCAGGAGAAGCUCUCUGAGCCAUGGAAGAUGUACCUGCGCCGGUUUGGCACCAAGGAUUUCUGCGAUGCGCAGUGCGACUUUCUCCACAAGGUGCAUUUCCACUGCGUGGUGGAGGAAUGCGGGGCCCUCUUCAGCACCCUAGACGGAGCCAUCAAGCACGCCAACUUCCAUUUCCGUACAGAGGGUGGAACUGUGAAAAGCAACUCCGAGUCUCCCUUCUCAACUGAGAAUAAGGCUUCACUGGCUCCUUCAUCACCAUCUGCUACUGCUGUGACCAUGGCGAGCGCUCCUGCCAUGGAUGUGCCCACUCCAAGUCCAGCUACUGUGCCCUCUGCCCCCACACUGCUAGCUUGGAAGCAGCUGGCUUCAACCAUACCCCAGAUGCCUCAGAUCCCAGCAUCAGUGCCUAACCUGGCAACUUCACCCUUGGCAACGACUUCCCUGGAGAACGCCAAGCCUCAGGUCAAACCCGGAUUUCUCCAGUUCCAGGAGAAUGAUCCCUGCCUGGCAACAGACUGCAAGUACGCCAAUAAAUUCCACUUCCACUGUCUGUUUGGGAACUGCAAGUAUGUGUGCAAAACCUCUGGCAAAGCAGAAUCCCACUGUCUGGACCACAUCAACCCCAACAAUAACUUGGUGAAUGUGCGAGACCAGUUUGCUUACUAUUCUCUGCAGUGUCUCUGUCCGAACCAGCACUGUGAAUUCAGGAUGCGAGGGCAUUACCACUGUCUGCGCCCUGGCUGCUACUUUGUGACAAACAUCACCACCAAGCUGCCCUGGCACGUGAAGAAACACGAGAAGGCAGAGAGAAGGGCAGCCAAUGGCUUCAAGUACUUUACCAAGCGAGAAGAGUGUGGCAGACUAGGUUGCAAAUACAACCAGGUCAACAGCCACUUCCACUGCAUUCGAGAGGGCUGCCAGUUCUCCUUCCUGCUCAAGCACCAAAUGACAUCCCACGCCAGAAAGCACAUGAGAAGGAUGCUGGGGAAGAACUUUGAUCGCGUUCCCACUCAGGUUAUUGGCCACACUCCAAGAAAUGAAAAUCUCCCCCAAGUUGGCAGCAUGGCACCCAGCCCAGCCUCGUCAGGAACCCCAGCUUCCUUUCAGGGACCCCCGAGCCUGAUGGACACCGAAACAGAUGAGUAUAUGGAUUACACUGGCUGUAGCCCUGGGGGCAUCUCCUCCGAAUCUUCCAAUAUGGACCGUAGCUGCUCCAGCACUCCAGUGGGCAAUGAAAGUACAUCAGCAGGCUGCCUGGUUCCUUCUACUGCUACUGCUGCUGCCGAUGAUGCUACCCACAAUGCACCACAACCUCAACCACCAUCUCUGCCUCCAUCUUUCUCACAAGCCCUGCUUAGGUCUCCCCUUCCCACCCUCCCCUAUCUUUUCUCUCCAUCUUGUCUCUCAUACUCUCUGCUCAGUGCCACUCUUGGAUCCAGCAGAGGCAUUGUCAUGCCUGCCGCCAGCACCACUGGGUUUUCGCCCAUCAUUGCCACUCCAACUCCAGUAAAAAGUGACGUUCCCUUAGUUCAGGAUGCAGCAGGGAAUACCAUCACUAUGCCAACUGCCUCGGGGGCCAAAAAGCGUUUCUGGAUUAUUGAGGACAUGUCCCCAUUUGGCAAGCGCCGCAAGACCGCCUCCUCACGCAAGAUGCUGGACGAAGGGAUGAUGCUGGAGGGAUUUCGGCGCUAUGACCUCUACGAGGACUGCAAGGACUCCAGCUGCCAAUUCUCUCUCAAGGUGACCCACUACCACUGCACGCGGGAGAAUUGUGGCUACAAGUUCUGUGGCCGCACACACAUGUACAAGCACGCCCAGCAUCACGAUCGCGUUGACAACCUGGUGUUGGAUGAUUUCAAACGCUUCAAGUCUUCGCUGAGCUGCAACUUCCCAGACUGUCAGUUCUCUGGCAAUAGCACACACUUCCACUGUCUGCGCUGCGGCUUCCGCUGCACUGACAGCACCAAGGUGACAGCCCACCGUAAGCACCACGGCAAGCAGGACGUCAUCAGCGCUGCUGGUUUCUGCCAGUUCAGCUCAAGCGUGGACUGCGAGGUGCCUGACUGCAAGUACAAACUCAAGUGCUCCCACUUCCAUUGCACCUACCCCGGCUGCAAACACACGGUGGUGGGCAUGUCACAGAUGGACUCGCACAAGCGCAAGCACGAGAAGCAGGAGCGAGGGGAGCUUCCUGCCAUCUCUCCUGGCCCCGAGGGCCUUGCCCACUCCACUCUCGAGUACGACAUCCAGAACUCUUCCAUCAACCUAGACAGUUCCCUCAACCUCAGCACUGACAACAACAGCUCCCUCUUCUUCCUGCAGAACGCGGCUGGCGUGGGCCUCAAUGAUUCCCUGGACCUCAGCAAGAAGCAGUCGGAAGUCACUGAAGGUCCAUCACCGAGCAGAGCUGGGACUGCACCUCAGGAGAGGGAGGCAGUGGCAUCUGGCUCUGGUGACGUGGAGGACGAGGAUGACUCUUCCCAAGAGGAUGAGGAGGAUGAUGAGGAGGAGAUGAAUGAAGAAGAGGAGGAUGAUGAAGAGGAGGAUGACGAUGAUGACGAUGAGGAGGAUGAUGAAGAGGAAGACCUGAACACAGAUUCUGAAGAAUCACUGCCUGACCCUGAGGGCUUGGCCACUAAAGAAGAUGGAGAACCAGAGGAGGCUGCUUCUUCCACAGACCAAGGGGAUGCUUCCAGGCCACAGGGCGAGCCAGCCCUUGCUCCAACCCCAACUCCUACUCCAGCUCCAGCUGCUGCCCCAGCCUCUACCGUUGCUCCAGAAGCUUCUCCUUAAUCUUAGAGACAACAGUGGCAGUGGUUUGGUUUUGCUCUUACGGAGAAUUGCUAAGAGGACCCUAUAUGAGGCAAGAACAAAGAUCGGGGUGGCAAGUGAAAAACAAACUCCGUGCCACACACAUGAGAGAGAGAGAGGAAGGAAGGAAACCCAUGCUCCUCCACAGGCCCCGUAGGAGGGACAGGCUUGCAGCAGGACUGGUGCUGCACCACUUCAUCCUGCAGAUCACACAACACGGGGGCAGGAUGCAGCAAAAAAUACCCUUUUAUACGGACGUGAACCUUGAGGGUACCGGCUGCUUUUCCUCACUCCCUGCAUGGUGCGUGGGGCCUGUGCCCGCCUGGGGACCCUUUGUUAUGGGUGGGGCUCUAUCCCCCCAUUUUUCUUUCUGGGUUUUAUUUUUCCAUGUUUUCAGUUGUACGAUAUUAAUAAUAAUCUCCACUUCUUGGAGGGGGGGGUGGGAACAACAGGUAAUGAAUUUUAGAACUAUAUAUUUGUGUGUGUGUCUCUCUCUAUAUAUAAUGUACACACACACACACAUAUAUAAAAUCCAAGGAAUUGGUGUCACAAAGACAACUAGCUCGGCUUUUGCCAGUGGGAAGGGGGGGUGAGGGGUGUGUGCGCUCUCUCUCUCUAUCCUUCCCCCCUUCUUUCUCCAGCAUUAAAUGAACGGCAUCAGACAGCAAGGGUGGGAGUGGGUAUUUAUUGUCACAGAAAUGAGGACGCAUUAAUGAAUGAGCAGGGGUGGGAAUGGGACACUCCUCUGUUCUUCCAGAUCCUUUUUACUGUUAAUGAUAAUAAUUUUGAAUGCUAUUUAUAUUGUAAAACUUUCUCAGUCUACACUUUCUCUGUAGGACGCCUCUCCUCAUCCCUGCUGUUCUGCCUGUAGGGAUUUAGCCGAAGUAACUUGGGAAGAACGCAGCGGGCAGUUAAAGGGUCUCACACUGGAGGACUGGGGUUAAUCUCCCAUCCGGUUCCAUCUCAUCCCAACCCCCAGGUGCUUCCUCUCUGCUGAGGGUGAGGCGUUUUUGUGGUGCUUCAGUAUCCCCAUCUCAGGAGGUUGUGAGCUGGCGCUCUGUCUGCGGUGCAGCACAAGGAGCGCUGUGCUCGCAGAGGAGCAUCCCGGCCACUAAAGCAGCCUUGAAAAUACCAUCGCUCUCUGACCUGAGCAGUCGUACAGCGACAGGUAUGUCCCCCAGCGCCAGCAGGGCUGCCUUUCUGCCUGGGCUGAUAUGGAUCUCCGGUAACUUCUAGGAGAGGGGGGGGAAGGCACCACCGCAGAGGGAGGAGACAGCAGGCAACCGCUGAGGGUCCACUGCGGGACGUCGUGCUCAGACUGGCGCAGGGAAUGGGACACCAUGCUCUGUGGCACCGCUGUGGCCAUCAGCACAGCCACGGUUUCUGCAGCCGCUGCGUCCUCCGCAGCACAGAGAACUCAAGGCCAGGGGCGAUGCUAGCAGAGGCCGGGAUAGAGUCCAGCUAAGAGCUUGUAUGUUUCUGGGUCCAUGCUGAUAAAUUUUGCCAAGUAGGGCUAAUAGCUUGGGCACUGCACAGGCAGAUGCAGCGAUACUGCAUUGAGACCUGCCACCUCCAGGAGGUUGGGCUUUCCCCGGGCUCCAAGCUCUUCCUGCUCUCUUUCCCUGGCCCGGUCUGGGAACACACACUACAGGCUCCCGUCCCGGACUCGGGCAGGUGAGACAGCAGCUGUUUGACCCCACACCCUCACCCGAGUCUUGGAGAGAGGGCUUGUCCCAUCCACCUGGGCUCCAGAAGGACUAAGCUGUAGGAGUUAAUUCUGAUGACAGUUAUUUCAGUGCCAGUUUGUCAGUAAACCAGCCUAGCAGAAGGUUCCUUGUGUCUCAAGUUUGUCUUUUUUUUUUUUAAAAAAGACUUAAUUAUUUUUUUUCUAACAUCCUGCAGGCGCCCCCCAACCCCCCCAACCAGCUCCACGAGCACUUCAGCUCCCAGGGAUCCCCGUAGUUUGUUUUCCCCCUGAACAGAUAAAGCCUUGAGAAGUUUAGGUCGCUGCUUUUUUUUUUUUUUUUUUUAAUUAUUUCCCUAAGGAACUGGUGCAGAUCAGGUCUGAUUUAUAAACAAGCAGCUCAGCUGUGUAAAUGUGGGGACAGAAUGUUCAGAUAAUGUUUCAAAAGGAAAGGCAAAAAAAAAAAGAGAAAGUUGUACAGUAUUUUUCCUGUAAAGGUUAUUGCUAUAGAUAGAACAAAAGAGAAACCGCCGAUGCCAGGGGGAUGAGAGGGGUCAGCUGCCUUCUGGAUAGCCCUUAGAUACGGUUAAUUGUGUGCAAUUUUUUUUCUCUAUUUCUUUUUUGGUUUUGUUUUUUUUUUUUCACCGUAGUGUUUGUUUGUAGGCGGUGGCAGGGGAGGGGGCCUUCAUGCUGCGGUUUGAGGCUGACUGCACACUCCCAGCACUGACUCGAGCUGCACGAUUCCGAAUUCUAACUUGAAUUUUGUAGAGAUGAAACAAAUGAAAACAAAACAAAUGAAAUAUUGUUAUUACUAGUUUGUAGUAUAUUUAAUUCUUUGGAGUUCUUUUCCUCUAUCAGCUAUUUGUGUGGCUUUUAUUUUUGUUUUAUUUUUUUGUUUGUUUUUGUUUCGUUUGGUAUAUCCCCUGCCCUCGACCGCGUGUUUUCUAGCACAACCUAAUCCUUGAAUAUAACGAAGCUCACGUUCCUGGGGCAGAGCGAGGGAAUGAGGCCUUGGAAUUUCUAGAAAUGGGAUGGGGCAAAACAGAUUUUCUUUUAACGGCGUUUGCUGCAGGUUCUGUAUUGUACAUUUUUCCCAUAUUCAGCUACUUUUAGAUAGUAUGGUGAUGGGCUCCAAGAGGAAUCCUUGGAGGUAACACAAGCCACGUCUCGCAAAUCAGAUGUCUUCAUUUUGUACCAAAUCAGCACAUCGGUGACUUCUGUUGGAGCAGGACGGCGCCUACUGCCUUCAGCAGAAGGCCCUGCAGGGUUCACAGUUAACGGGGAAGGCGAGGGGGAGGCAGGGGCUCGCUUGGGCCACUUGUUUCCAUUCAGGGGAGACGUUCAGGCCGUUUUCCUGCUGGCAGCAGCUGGAAACAUGCACCCUGAUGGAGUGGUUUUACCUCUCCCCUUUCGCACCUCACCAGGCUUCCACUGACAGAAUCAUCGCACAACAGUGGGAGAAAGCAGAAGUGGGUGGAGAAAAGGGGUGAAAGAUCUACCGGUACCUCUGCUACGGCCAAGCCGGGUUGGUGGGUGCCGGACAGAAGGAGGCAGCCCAGGAGGCAGCUUUAGGCAGGUGCAGCCAGCGCGACUCACCAGGAUCCGCGUUGGAACGGGGCCCUGUUUUACACAUCUUUCCGCGUGGCUCCAUGGGCCAGAAGGGCCUGUGCUUAUCUAUGCACACCAUCCCCCCCGAGGCACCCUACUGCUCCCCAACAUCUCAGCUUUUCCUCCCAGACUCUUAUCACCCCUUCUCUGGGAGCCGGGAAGGAGAUCCCUUUUCCCAACAGGCUCCAUGCGACACCUCGAGCACAGCGGCCGUGGGCCGACUGCCCCCGAGCGCCUCGUACCCCUCCCCAAGCCCCGUUGCGGUAAAGCUCUUACCGUGUCUCUGUUUGCAACAACAACAACAAAAAGUCAAAGUUCAACCUGUCUUUUAGUUGUGCCGUGUUAAGGCUUUAAUUCAGCAAAACUCUUAAGCCCACGCUGUGAGCGGACAGGGUUGAAGCCCACGCUUAAGUGUUUUCUGAGCGAAGGCCUCGGCGUGCGGCAAUCCCCGUGACAGCGCGGUGGUUCGUCACCUCAUGCUACCAUAUCAGGACUGUUAACACGAUCCGAUUGGAAUAUGUGCUCAAAAGAACGGCCAGAGAAAGAGAUGCAACUGACUGUGAGGAGGGGAGAGAGGAAACGGAACUGUUCUGUCCAAAACAAGAUAAAAACCAAACAAACUAAACCUUGAGAUGGACCCUCCUGAUUCUGCUACCAUUCACUGCUGAAGAGCAAAAAAAAAAAAUGAAUUAAAACUAUUGACUAGAUUGUUCAUUCUAGCCACAAACUCAACUGGAUUAAAGUCUGUGUGGAAGGAAUUUUGUAAAGAAAAAAAGAAAAAAAAAAAGAAAAAAAUUUUCCAAUGUAGCAAAAAAAAAAAAACUUUAAAAAAACAAAAAUGGAAAAAAAAAAAGACAAAGAGGGAGGAUUCUAGCCUUUUGUAAUAUCCAUAUUGCACACUAGGACUAUAAGCCAUUGCUAGCUCAUUUUGAAUUUUAAAUGUGUAAUUUUUUUUUGUUUUGUUGUUGUUUUUUUCUUUCCGUGGGGGAGGGGGGGAAAUAAAUGCUUGAACCACCAAUGCUCUUUUUAAUGUUUUAUAAAUAUGUAUGUGUAUAUAUAUAAAUAUAAAAAUAAUAUGUAUGCACAUAUAUAUGUGUGUGUGUAUAUAUCUAUAUGUAUAUACAUAUAUAUAGAUAUAUAGAUAUAUAUAUAGGUUUUGAGACAAAAAUGCAGAAAGUGAAAAAAAAACACCCUAAACAGGAUGGUGUGCUCUGAUUUACUUGAAUCUGGUCUCUUCAGCACCUGCGUUAUUAAGAACUGAAUAUUUUUCCACUUGAAUUUAGUGCUAUUAGAAAUUUAAUAUAUGU